CCGACCUCGUCCCCCUCGACCCGCCUCCACAAGGCUACACCAUCUCCUCACGGGCCAGCAUGCAAGACGAGCUCGACCAGUGGACCAUCCCGCGGGGCUACAGCAUGCGCAUCGCCGGCGCCAAAGUCACCGGCAAGAAGAAGGUCCGAUGGGUAUGUUUCCGAGGCGGCGAGGCGCGACAUCACCGGCCACCUGUGGACGAGUCCGUGAUCCAGGCCGCCAAAGCCGAAGGCCGGCGCAAGCCCACCACCGAUCGCACCUCCAAAAAGUGCGGGUGUCUGUUCAAAUUCGAGGUGAUUGAGACAGCCAAGGGGUCGGAUCUGUGGACGCUACACUACCCAAAUGAAGAGCACAAGACGCAUAAUCACGGCCCGUCAGAUCAGACGAGCGAUCCGAGGGCGAGGAGGUUGCCGACGGAGGUGAGCAGGGAGGUAGAUCAGUGGUUGAGGCAGGGAUGGUUGGUUAGUAAGGUGCAGGAAGAGCUGAGGGGGAGGGGGUUUAGGAACGUGUUGAAUACAGAUCUUUAUAAUCGAAAGAGGUUGUUGAAGAAGGAGAAUGCGCAGGGGCAGGCGGGGGGUUGAAGAGGGGGGAUGGUCGGUCGGCCUGGCUGAUUGAGACGCUAAUGUUGCUGCUUCGGGGUUCUGAACGUCUGGGUUACAGGGAAUUUCAUGGGAAAGGUAAAUCGGGACACCUCAUUAAACUUUCCAUUCCAGUUUGAGGGC